UCGAUGUGACGUAGUGCCGGAGGCGUAGGCCGGUUCUGUAUCAGGCUGGUGUAGAAAACGGGAGGCGUAAAGGAGAACUUUAUUUCAAGUGAGUUUUACUGAGCUAGAUACUCGUAAACGUACACCACUCGUUGUUCUGCCGCUGCGCUGCUGCUACUGAACCCGCAGAGAUGAUCAGAAACGGCCACCACGCUCCCAGCGAGCAGCAGGAUGAAGCCAGCUGCUCUAAGCCGGGUUCCUCGGCGUGUAGCCCGGAGAAAAGGAAGCGGGUCGUCCGGUUGUGGUGUGACGGCUGUUAUGAUAUGGUGCACUAUGGUCACUCCAACCAGCUGCGGCAGGCCAAAGCCAUGGGAGACUACCUCAUAGUGGGCGUGCAUACAGAUUCUGAGAUUUCCAAACACAAAGGACCUCCAGUCUUCACUCAGGAAGAACGCUACAAGAUGGUGCGUGCAAUCAAGUGGGUGGAUGAGAUGGUGGAAGGAGCACCUUACGUCACCACACUGGAGACUUUGGACAAAUACAACUGCGACUUCUGUGUUCAUGGAGAUGACAUCACGCUGACUGUCGAUGGCAAGGACACGUACGAAGAGGUGAAGCGAGCAGGCCGUUACCGGGAAUGUAAGCGCACUCAGGGCGUCUCCACCACUGACCUUGUGGGUCGCAUGCUUCUCAUGACCAAAGCCCACCACAGCAACAUGAAUAACCCAGAUUACCAACAGCAUACAGACAACUUUGGAAAGGGUCCUAAAGGCCACAGUCCCUGGACAGGAGUUUCUCAGUUCCUGCAGACAUCCCAGAAGAUCAUCCAGUUUGCCUCAGGAAAGGAGCCUCAGCCUGGAGACACCAUCAUCUAUGUGGCUGGAGCAUUUGACCUCUUCCACAUUGGCCAUGUUGACUUCUUAGAGAUGGUCUAUAAACAGGCAGAGAGGCCAUACGUCAUCGUAGGUCUGCACUUCGACCAGGAAGUGAAUCGCUACAAAGGGAAGAACUACCCGAUCAUGAACAUCCACGAGAGAACCCUGAGUGUCCUGGCCUGUCGGUAUGUGUCAGAGGUGGUGAUUGGUGCUCCCUAUGCAGUCGGCAAAGACCUGCUGGAUCAUUUUAAGGUGGACCUGGUGUGUCACGGCAAGACGGAGGUGUUUCCAGACAAGGAUGGGGUAGACCCCUAUGCUGAACCAAAGAAGAGAGGGAUAUUCAAGGUCAUUGAUAGUGGGAACAAUCUCACUACUGAUGACAUCGUCCAAAGGAUCAUUGAAAACAGGCUGCAGUUUGAGGCCAGGAACCAGAAGAAGGAGGCCAAGGAGAUGGCAGUGAUUGAAGCGAUGAAGAAGAGAGAGCAGCAGGAGCAGAGUGAAACUGCAGCUCAGACUGCUCACUGAUGAGAACUACAAACUUGGCCCAGAGUCUGUUUUACUCAUCCAGGAACACUCAGGUUUUAGUGGGUGGACCUGGACAGAGUCCAUACGGUCCUCAGCUGGGCCUCUCUCGGUUAGUCCACUGGGUGCAAAAUCCUGCUUUGCAUAUUUUGCUAAAUCAGUGUGCUUAAGUCUGUACUACUCCAGCCUAAAGGGUUUAGGAUAGAUCCAAAGAGUCCAAAAACCUGCUAAGAACUUAACUUGCAAAAUCCCUUUACUCCUCUUUUCCUCCACAGAGAAGUUUAUCUUCUGUUGUGUAUUGUUUUUGUCCAUGAACUCACACACUACAUGUCCCCAUAUAGGUGUAGAAUUGGUAUGUUAAUUUUGUAAGUAUCCUUAACUUAUUGACACAGUGUUGAUGUCAUUGUUGGUUAUGUUUUUAGAUUUUUAACCAACUCAGUUUUAACAAUCAUUUUAAAAAUUGUCAUCAGUGAGGUUGAAUGUACUUUUGUUUUUAAGACAUUUUUAUCCAUUUUUAAUUUGUAGAUGUUAUUUUGUUUUAAAUCAAUCCUAAAAAAAAAAAAAAAAAAAAAAGUUUUAAAUAAUCUGUGAAGUAGUCGGGAUAAUUUUAACUACCUAAAUUUGCACCAGGCGUGUGUGUGUGUGUCUAUGUCUGUGUGUGUGUGUUUUGAAUGAGGUCAUUGCGGGUGUGUUUGCUCUAUAUUACAGUAGUGCCUCAUUUCUAAAAAGCUAUGACUGCUGUAAGGGCUGUUAGCUGCGUCAGCUUCUGAUUCCACUAAGUCAAAGGACAGCUGUUCUUGUUUCUGUUAUUAAUGAAUGUAGGAGAAGAUGGGAAUUUUUUUGUUUUCCUACUUCAGGAGUUAAUCCACAAUAAAAUCUGUUGCUUUUCCUAUCUUUAUAUGGGGAAUAUUACAGGUGACUUUUUACAAUUCACAAUCUUUCGAUCACUGUCUGGUGUUGAAAUAUUUGCUUUAUUUAAUAAAAAUGUGGCAAAAAUUUGA